AUUCGACAAACAGCUCUAUUAUUGAAGAAAAGCAGUUCCUUUAUUGGACUCUGUGCAUGUCUUUGAUUAAUUCUUGAUGGGUUUUGGUUGAUUUAUUUUAAAUAUUGAUUAGGUAUUUGGGUUUUGGCUCUAGUCUCCCCUGAUUGGUCUGUAAUCUAUAUUUUUUAGUUUUGGCUUCUGGGUUUUUGAAAUCUUGUCUCUGUUUUAGCUUUACCUAUAUCAGUACUGGGUUUUUAUGUAUUGAGUUCAUUAUUGAGUUUUUUAGGCUCAAAGUUUGCGUGUCUCAAGAUUUGAGUUUAUGUGAUCCAACAACAUACAAGAGUCUCGAGUUAGGUUUAAGUUGUUUAAUUUCUAAGUUGCAGGGCUAGCUAGGGUUUGUGCUAAUUGUUACUAGGGUUUAAGUUUCAAGAAGUUCUACAUCAAGGCUUUAAGUGCCAAUUGCGCCCUUGAGUUUGUGUGUGCACUACUUUUGGUUUAAGGUUUGAGGCUUGAGGUUCAAGGUACAAUCCAGUCUUCAAUUUGAGGCUUGGUUCUACCUUUCAAGCUCUAUAUCAAGUCUGCAAGUGCCAAUUGCUACCUAGGGGUUGUGUGUGAACUACUUUUGUUUUGAGUUUUGAUGUUCAAAGUACAAUUCAGUCUUCAAUUUUAGCUUUGUUCUAACUUCCAAGUUCUAUAUCAAGUCUGUUAAGUGCUAAGUUCUACCUAGGGUUUGUGUGUGCACUACUUUUGGUUUGAGUUUUGAUGUUCAAGAUACAAUUCAGUCUUCAAUUUUAGCUUUUGUUCUAACUUACAACUUCUACAUCAAGUUUGUAAGUGCUAAUUGCUACCCAGGGUUUGUGUACACUAUUUUUUGUUUCAAUUUUUGAGGUUCAAGGUUCGAUUAGGUCUUCAAUUUUAGCUUUUGUUCUGACUUCCAAGUUCUAUAUCAAGUCUGUAAGUGCUUAUUGCUACCUAGGGUUUUGCUUUGUUUGCACUGGUUUGUUACAAGGCCUAUUUUGCCCCUGUUGUUUGUGAACUCGUAAUGGAAUCUCAUCAACCAAAAAUGCUGUCAAACCCCACUGUUAUUGCCGAGUCUCUGAAGCCAAAACCCAAUUCCAUAGUUCAGAACCCAGGUGAUUUAUCAAAGGAGUUUGGGGUUCACAGAAAGGAAAAUGUGGUGGGAAAGCAAGAGGACUCUGUUGGGAUUCUUGAGGUUUACAUACACCAAGCAAGGGACAUCCACAACAUAUGUAUAUACCACAAGCAAGAUGUCUAUGCCAAGAUUUACUUGACUAGUGAUCCUGAAACAGCAGUUUCGACCCAGAUCAUUAAUGGUGGGGGGAAGAAUCCGAUCUUUAACCAGAGUCUUAGGCUUAGUGUUCGGACAAUUGAUUCUUCGCUGAAAUGCGAGAUAUGGAUGCUGAGUAGGGUUAGGAAUUAUCUUGAAGAUCAGUUGUUGGGUUUUGCAUUGGUGCCUCUUUCUGAUGUUUUCACUGGGAAUGGGAAGUUAGCCCAAGAAUUUUCCCUCUCCUCCAGUGAUCUGUUCCAUUCUCCUGCUGGUUUUGUUCAAUUGGCUCUCACCUACACUGGAGCUUCUCCUGAAGUUGUAGAAAUCUCUACACCACGCUCCUCUACAGUUCUGAACCUUGCUAGGCAAGAUUCAGAGGUCCCCAUUUCUGAUCCCAAUGAUCUUGAUAAGAUUGAGUUUCCAGAUCCAAAGAUUGUGAAUGAGAAUGAGAUGAUGGUUUCAGAGUAUUUUGGGGUCCCAUGUGACAAUUUGGAGUCUGCAGGCACAGAGCAAUUGGGCACGACAGAUAAUGGUGAACACCAUAGUUCACAAGAUGGUGUGGAAAUCACGGAAGGCUUCUCAAUGGGUGGUGGUCUUGACAAUGUUGAAGUGUCAAAGGUUGAAACUCCGCCACGUAGUGUUUCAACUACUGCCUCUCCCUCGGUUUCGGUUCCAGCGAGCUCCCAAUCGGCAUCUGAUACUUCAGGAGCUUCAAAACCUCUAAAUCAAGAUGCUGUUUCGGCUCUCAAGGAGAAAAUAGAAGAUUUUGGUGAGGCUGAGAGUGGUUCCUCUGCAUUGUCAGCUAACAAGCUUUCACAGCCGGUUAUUAAUGUCAAAAUGGAGCCUGAAAAUAAGGUGGUGCAACAAGAGAUUGUUGAUAUGUACAUGAAAAGCAUGCAGCAAUUCACUGAAUCACUGGCAAAGAUGAAGCUUCCUUUGGACAUUGACAAUGAACCUACUGAUUCAGGAGAUACCACCUCGGAUGAGAAAGUGCAAGCACCAAAGAACAAUGGCCGAAGCCCAAGAGUGUUUUAUGGAAGUAGAGCGUUCUUCUAAGCCGUCGUUUAUUUGGUUCAACAGACAACGAGGUGACUUGCAGUUUAUAAUCCCAGCUCUAAUUGUAAUAGUGCGUAGUGAGUCGAGUAAGUAAUGAAGUGUCUGACUCUGAAUGUGUAAUGUGGAUGGUCUAGCACUCUUCUAGGUGACAGGUAAGCGUGUUUUGUGUGUUUCAACAUGUUUUGUGUGUUUCAAGCUUUGUUGUACUUUACCCGAUGUCAGUUUUUUAAUGCAAGUACUCUAUCUUUUCCCUUAUCUA